CUCUUCUCUUGCCAUUGCCUGUUAGCCUCCAAUUCUCAUUAUCUGCCAAAACCUCACGAAAUUCACAUUGAAAAAGCGACGCGUAAACUAAAUCAUAUCCGGAAACGUAGCUUUGUUUGUUUUCCGGGAAAGGGCGGGGGAAAUAAAGAGAAGAAAAGUUCCUUUUUAUGGUUUUGUUGUUUGUUUAUUCUGAGAAUCUGAUUCCUCAGCGCUGGGUUGGUAAAAAAAAAUAUUUUUUGAGGCGGGACUCGGAUACCCAAUUGGCGUUUGAUGAAAUGGGCAAAGGUGGGUUGAGGUGGUUUUGAGUGGUGGUGAAUUGAAUCGCGUUUGGAGCGGAAUUGUGUUUAGAAUUGAGGUUGGGGCAUGUGAUUGGAAUUGUGCGAUAGGGUAAGGGAUGGCUCGGGAUGGGAGCGUUGUGCCUGCGGACCCACAGGCAAUGACGGUUGUGAAGAAGAAGACACAGCCUUCAAGGAGUUGGAUUUUGUUUGAUGAGACAGGGCAAGGUUCAUUGCUGGAUGUGGACAAGUAUGCUAUCAUGCAUAGGGUUCAGAUUCACGCUCGUGAUCUCAGAAUCCUUGAUCCCUUGCUCUCUUACCCCUCUACUAUUCUCGGUCGUGAGAAGGCCAUUGUUCUUAACUUGGAGCAUAUCAAGGCAAUUAUCACAGCAGAAGAGGUACUGCUACGGGAUCCGACAGAUGAAAAUGUGGUCCCUGUUGUUGAGGAAUUGCAAAGGCGAUUGCCUCAUGUGAGUGCCACUCAUCAACAGCAAGGAGAUGGUAAAGAGUAUCUUGGCGGCCAAAAUGAUACUGAAGCAGCUGAUGAAGAUGAGUCGCCCUUUGAAUUCCGGGCCCUGGAGGUAGCGUUAGAAGCCAUUUGUAGUUUCCUCGCUGCACGUACAACAGAAUUGGAGAUGGCUGCUUAUCCUGCAUUAGAUGAACUUACCUCCAAGAUUAGUAGUCGUAAUUUGGACAGAGUUCGUAAACUGAAGAGUGCAAUGACAAGGCUGACUGCUAGGGUUCAAAAGGUCAGAGACGAGCUUGAACAAUUGCUGGAUGAUGAUGAUGAUAUGGCUGACCUAUAUCUGUCAAGAAAGUUGGCUUCAUCAUCACCAGUUAGUGGAUCAGGUCCUGCAAAUUGGUUUGCUGCCUCGCCCACUAUAGGAUCAAAGAUAUCUAGAGCAAGCAGAGCAAGUAUAGCAACAGUUCGUUUAGAAGAAAAUGAUGUGGAAGAGCUUGAAAUGUUACUUGAGGCUUAUUUCAGUGAAAUUGAUCACACAUUGAACAAAUUAACCACGCUACGAGAGUACAUUGAUGAUACUGAAGAUUAUAUCAAUAUUCAACUUGACAACCAUCGUAAUCAGCUGAUUCAGUUAGAGCUCUUUCUUAGCUCUGGAACUGUUUGUCUAUCUUUCUACUCCCUGGUGGCUGCUAUAUUUGGCAUGAAUAUCCCAUAUACUUGGAAUGAGAACCAUGGUUACAUGUUCAAAUGGGUAGUUAUUGUCUCGGGGGUAUUUUCUGCUGUGAUGUUUCUCAUGAUCACAUUCUAUGCUCGCAAAAAGGGAUUAGUUGGAUCAUGAAAAUCAACCUGCUGAGAAAAAGGGGUGCCGAGAAUCAAUUAUUGGACUCGUACAAAUAAUAAUUACGUUGCUAAGCUUUAUAGGUGAUUCAAGAUGUUGAGUUAUUGGGUAUAUGCUUUAGUAACAACUGCUAUAAGGAUCAAGUCCCUAAGUUGAUUAUAUAUUGAUUGAGCGGGUGUUAGCCUUGCGGAUCUGCUACUUCCAAAUACUCAACUGUUUUGUUCUCUGGAAUCAAGCAUUGGACACAAGUUGUAAAUACAGUCUCCAGAUUCAAAGUUGAUUCUUGAUUUCAAAUAAUUUUUAAGACCCUGAUAUGUAAUUAAAUUAAGUUGAUUAUGUUAACCUUUACUCUCUUUUUCUUUCAAUCUAAGUCUAAUUUGCUUCUGUUCCCUCCUAGAUAAAGAUUGAUCGAGUAGUUCAUUCAAUAGAUGCCGUUUAGUUUACAUUUCCUUUGUGUUUCCAGUUUCUGUAACUUCGAA